GUUAGCGACGAUCUCCCCAUGGAUAUCUUGUUAGGUAUGUACUACCUCUCGGUUGCACAGCCCCAGUUUGACUGGGACCGAAAAGUGGUCAAGCACACUUUGCCAGGUGGAGGGACCGCCAGAUUACACAAGUUCAAAGCUAGUAGUCUGAUUGAGUCCUACGGGUGCUUGUGUGCGGCCGCAUUCUAUAAUUGUUAUAAGCAAAAUCAGGAGGAGGGUAUGUACUUAGUUUAUGUCUCUGCUGCAGGCGAGCCGGUGAAAAUACCGCCGGAGAUAGAGGGAGUAGUUGCCAAGUACCCUGAUCUAUUUGAAGAGCCGACAGGGGUUAUCGAGAGGGAGGUUGUCCACGCAAUAGAAAUUAUCCUAGGAUCUAGUAUUCCGAAGGGUAGGAUCUAUCGGAUGUCUCCAGGCGAACUUGAUGAGCUUCGCCGCCAACUCAAGGAACUCGUAGAGAAGGGUUGGAUCCGGCCGAGUGUCUCUCCUUAUGGGUCUCCAGUGUUAUUCGUGCCUAAGAAGAAGGAGGGUACUCUCAGGAUGUGCAUUGAUUAUAGGGGUCUCAAUGCCAUCACUGUAAAGAACAGAGAGCCCCUACCGCGCAUCGACGAUCUGUUAGAUAGAGUGCAAGGGUGUCGGUACUUCGGUAAGAUAGAUCUGAAGUCCGGGUACCAUCAGAUUGCAAUCCGGCCCGAGGAUCAACACAAAACCGCAUUUUAUACCAGUUACGGUCUGUACGAGUUUGUGGUGAUGCCUUUUGGACUGUGCAAUGCUCCUGGCACCUUUCAACACGCUAUGAAUCGGAUAUUCCAUGACUACUUGGAUAAGUUUGUCAUUGUGUACUUUGAUGAUAUACCUAUCUUUAGUAAGACUGUCGAGGAGCAUGCAGCACAUUUAGACAAAGUCCUUAGUCUCUUGCGACAGCACAAGUUCAAGAUCAACGGUGAAAAGUGCGAAUUUGGCCGCACCCGUGUCUUGUACUUGGGUCAUGAGAUCUCCGCGGAAGGGUUGAAGCCCGAUGACGCGAAGGUGGCCAACAUUCGUGAUUGGCCACGACCUCAGUCCGUGACAGAGAUGAGAUCUUUCUUAGGAAUGACAGGCUACUAUAGGACUUUUGUUAAGAACUAUAGCAUAAUGGCAGCUCCUUUGACUGAUCUGACCAGCCUUGACACCCCGUGGGAGUGGACAGAUGAGUGCGAGGCUGCUUUCAGACAUCUGAAGCAUGCAUUGACGCACUAUGAAGUCUUGAAGCUACCCGAUCCUGAUAAGCCAUUUAUAGUAACCACGGAUGCUAGCCAAUAUGGCAUUGGCGCCGUGCUUGCGCAGCAGGAGGGGCCAAAGUUAAGGUCAGUCGAGUACAUGUCAAAGAAGAUGUCGUCUCACAAGUUGGCAAAGUCCACCAAUGAGAAGGAACUCUACGCCGUGUACAAGGCUCUAACCCAUUGGAGACACUAUUUCUCCUUGGGAGGUGCGCUGAUUACCGAGUCCGAGUUAAACGACGAUGUGUCUCGAUCAUUGGUGGAGGCCUAUCGAGAAGAUCAGUUUAUGACAGAGAUCAUCCGCAGACUCGAGGCGAAGGACAAACAGACUUCAGCUGAGUUUGAGAUGGUCAAUGGCAUGCUGUUUCUCGAGAAGGAGGGGAAUAAACGAUUGUGUGUCCCUAGUAGCGAGUCUUUGCGUAGUUUAUUUUUAGGAGAGUGUCAUGAUGCCACCGCCCAUUUUGGGUUCAAAAAGACCGCAGCCAAUUUGCUGCAGAGGUUUUGGUGGCCCACGAUGAUGGAAGAUGCCAAGUUGUAUGUGGAGACUUGUCAAGUUUGCCAACAAGACAAGCCCCGUACUCAGGCUCCUCUUGGGCUGAUCAAGCCCCUUCCGAUUCCGGAGAGGCCGGGUGAGAGCCUGUUCAUGGACUUCAUGGAUACGCUAGUCACCAGCAAGAGUGGGAUGAGGCAGAUCUUUGUCAUCGUGGAUAGGUUUAGUAAGUUUGCUAGGUUAGUAGCAAUGCCUGAGACAGCAAAGACUGAGUACGUGAUUAAGAUGUUCAAAGAAAACUGGGUGAGAGAUUUUAGAUUGCCCAAGUCUAUUUUGAGCGACCGAGAUGUCAGGUUUACAAGCGAGUUAUGGAAGGCCGCUGGAGCCGAACAGGGAACUCAACUGCAGAUGAUUUUGGGAAUCAUCCCGAAGCCAACGGCCAGGCCGAACAGAUGAACCGCGUUGUGCAACACCUGUUGAGGCAUUAUAUCAAGCCCAACCAG